AACGUUUGAUUUUGUUAUUAAUUCAUAACUUACCUAGUACGACUGAUUGUCGUUGAUGAUAUGGCAAAGAGUAUAGUGAAUGUCCGUAUCAUUUGUACCACGAUCUUUUCAUUCUCUUCAGAGUGAUAAAGUUCCAACUGUGACUGAAUUGACGAGACUAAUGAUUUAAAAUCACAUUGACUUAACUUUCUAAUCACAUUGACUUAAACUAAAUAAUAGAACUGUCAAGAAUCAAGUCGAUCACAAUAACUCGAGUUGUUGGGAAUAGGUUCAAACGUGUAUCAUAUACCAUUCACUAACAAGAACAUGUUGGAAUUAGUCAACAAGUCUGAGAAAUACCAGAUUUGAAGAUGCAUCAUUGAUGGUUUGUCUUAAUUCCUACCAGCCAAUUGUAGUGAAAACAAAUAACACUCUAAGAAAUGGCUUCAUCGUGUUUUGUUUAUCUACAUCUCUAACACAACCUACUAUUAUUGUAUUAUUAUAUCAUAAACACUUAGACAUGAGAAGUAUAUACCAUCUAGUUUUUAUUCAAGACCAAAUAACACAUAAAACCUAAAGAAAACCUAUAGUUCAGAAAUCCUUGUAAUAUAAUGUGGCAUUUCUGUUCAUAACGGACUAGUUCGCAAGCCUUUGACAAAUAGUUUGCGAAGUUUACAAAGUAAUGUUUACAAAUGUCAAUGUACAUUUUAUAAAUUUCCCAUGAAUCUUAUUAAAUAUUGAGUAACACCAACUCCCAUUAGUACCGUUGUGCUACAAUACAAUUACCCUACUCCAAGUUUUGACGUGAGUGCCUUGUUCUUUUGUAUAGACCAUGGUUGUCUUGUCAUGCCGGUGGCAUGCCACCCGGUUGAACCUGGUUCAAUCUGUGCCGGUCAUGAAAUCGGCAUGACACCACCGGUAUGACCGGUAUGAUCAACUUACGCAUUCUAAGUUUAAUAACAUCAUUUUAAUGAAUUUAAUGAAUAAAAAUAAUAAUUUAUUAUUCAUUUCAUGAAUGUAAUAGUUAAAAGUUGAUGAUAUUUGUUGGAUUGUAACUAAAUUGUCCACAAAUAUGUUUUAUAUAUGAUUAAAUACAUUGGAUAUUAAUUGUUUCACAUUUUUUUAAACCGGCACAAACUGGAUAUAAUACCGGUCGUACCAUUCCACUUGCCAAACCAGCACAACGGUAUAAACCGGUUUGACAACCUUGGUAUAGACGGCUCACGGCUGGCUCCAACUACACCCGCCCGCAUAUUAUCGUUGCACACUUUCCCUUUACCCCACUUUGAUUUUGACCCAUCAAAACGCGGGUCAGUUUCUUUCUUUUUAAGUCCAUUGAAUUUCCAAAUCUACCCCCGUGGUAAUCCAUAAAUCCCUCCCGCUGCCCUCUGCCGUCUACAUCAAGACAAAGCGAAUCUUCUUCUUCUUCUUCUUCUUCCCCGCAACAGCAAUAUAACUGCCCGCUCCCCUCCCAGCCCUAAUUCGUCCCAAGCCACCAAACACAAAACCCAACAAAAAUCCCAAGGAGGAAGGAGAAAAUUUGUAUUGGUCGUGUGAGAAAUCAUCAGAUGGGGAGGAAUGACGGAGAAGACGACGGAAUUAGAGGCGGCGAAGGCAUAACCGCUGCCAUGAGCCCAGCGAGCAGCCUCGCCGGCGACAGUGUUACCGGCGGCGCGGGAGGAGGAAAAGAAGGAGGGAGGAGGAAGAGGAGAUCGGGAUUGUGGCUUUUCAGGAGGCUGAAGUUCAACAAGGAGUCGCUUAGAUGGAGGUGGAAGUUCCUGACCUCUGUUUUCAAGUGGAAGCGGGUCAAUUUGCAGAUUUCGCUCGUCGACGAUGUCCUCUUCAAGAUCGUCUCCGUUCUUGAGGCGAUUGUGUUGGUAGCCACCCUGUCUUUCUUCUACCUCUGUUGCGGCUGCCACUUUUGAUCAUCAAUUUCAAGAACUGGAGAGUUACCUUUCAAGAUUCGGGGCUUUUGUUUUGUUUUCUUUUUUAUGGGGGAUGGGAUCUUCCUCUUCUUCUGAUCUUUUGAUAAUUGUAUAAUCGUAUUGUAUAGUCUUCUUCAAGCCGUAGAAUUAGAACUCCAUUUUUCUUCUUUCCACGUUUUCCCCCCUUCUUUCAUUGUUCUGCUUCCCCGCCGCAGCCAGUAAUUUAUCUUUGAUGAUUUGAUGUGUACACAAUUGGUAAAAUCUAACAUUCUUGCAUCUGGGUUUUCCUUUCCUUUUCAUUUUAUCCUUCCUCUGUAUCUUUCCCCACAAUUCACCUGGCCUCUGCUUCUGGGUUCGUUUUACAGUUUACAGGGGAGUCCGGAAACAGGGGAUUGAUUUUUCUCCAAUUGCAUUCUCUAGACUCGAUCCAAAUAGUUUUAGUGUUGAAAUGGUGUGUUUUGGGUUUCCCGUGCUAUGUAAUUGAGCGUCCUAAUUUGCACUUUUUUGGAGAUUUCUUGUGCUCCGUAACUGUCAAGAUGGCUCCAAGGGAAAAAUCCACCUAGCAAACGGCCAAAAAACUGAGUGGGGAAAGCUAACGGAAAAAAGGGACCGGACGAGUUCUUUCUGCUUCAUCGCAAGUUCGCGACCCACUGGAAGGAAGGUUGAUCAACGGCCAGCGAAAUAAUGAUAAGAAAUAAGCCCUUGGAGAAAAGGCUAAAGUCGAGGUAGGGGACGACGUAAAAUAGUUGGACCCAUUAGCUGGCUUCCUUGCCCUGGACUGAGUUGUUUUGCUUUAAACUAACCUUUUUGUUCUAUGGCGGAAUAAGUAGCCAGACGGUCUACAGUUGCAUUUUGUUUUCCUAAUAUGCAUACAGCCGAACAUUUGCAGGAUUUUUCACAAAUUGCAAGGUUGCUAAAAGAUAAUUGGGGUAAUAGCAUUUUGUAUCUUGAAUAUUAAAAUUUUGCACAAGCA